AUGCGCAGCAAACGGGGCUUGCAGCAGCAGCAGCAGCAGCAGCAGGAGCAGCAGCAGGAGCAGCAGCAGGAGCAGCAGCAGGAGCAGCAGCAGGAGCAGCAGCAGGAGGAGCAGCAGCAGCAGGAGCAGCAGCAGGAGGAGCAGCAGCAGGAGGAGCAGCAGCAGGAGGAGCAGCAGCAGGAGGAGCAGCA